UGAGGACCCCAGAAACCUUGACUUCAUUUAUUUCCAAACCGUAGCCCCAGUCUGCUCUGCGUCCCCUCCAUCCUCCACCGUUCACAUCUUGCGUCUUGCCGCCAGCCUGCUUGUCUCUUGUCCAUCACGACCAUCUCAGCAAUCAGCACAUCUUACACUCCGCUUUGAUUACGAUCCGCACGACACAAGCGCAGCAUAGCCUCAGAAUCCACACCGGCGGUCUUCCGCUGACAGCGAGCCACACGCGCACGCGCACGCCGUUAUCUUCUGCGAGCUUGGCCUCUGCCCACAUCUUUGCUAGUUGCAUCCACUGCAGGCCAGAAUGCACUCCAUCUCCCUCAAGGACUCGCUGCUCCCGCAGCCCCCGUCCUUCCAGAAGAAGAAGGCAUAUGAGAUCCACAAAGUCUUAGGGGAAGGCACGUUUGGGAAGGUCAUGCACGCGACAUGGCAUGUCCCGCCCGAUGAAGAGCACAUUGCCAAGUACGGCGCGGCAGCAGCAUCAUAUAACCCUCCGACUCCGAGCCUCUACCGCUCACCCAGCGGUCACUCUCGUCCGAGCUCUCCGGAGCCUCCGAACCCUCCCUCGCGCUCCAACACAACCACGUCCAAUGGCAGCGGCGGAUCCCAUCUGACCGCGAAGGGUUACAUAUCAUCGUAUUUCGUUUCCAAGGAGAAGAGCCAGAGCCAGAUGACGGUCGACGUCGCGCUGAAGGUUAUUCCUAAAAAGAAGGUCAAGGGAAACGAGAGCAGUGUCUGGAGUGAGAUGGAUGUGCUCAAGGGGCUCAGCCACCCAAACAUCGUCAAGUUCUACGAAUGGUUCGAGUCACGGACGAAAUACUAUCUUUCCUUCGAGCUUGCUGUCGGCGGAGAGCUGUUCCAACGCAUCACCCAACGGGGCAAGUUCACAGAGUUUGACGCGGUCGCCGUGCUCAAGUCUAUCCUGUCCGGUGUAAAAUAUCUACAUGAACAUGACAUAGUGCACCGGGAUCUCAAACCCGAGAACAUCCUGUACCGCACGAAAGACGAACACUCCGACAUCGUAAUCGUCGAUUUCGGCAUUGCCAAGCACUUGGAUACACCGGAGUCGCAGCUGCACUCCAUGGCAGGUAGCUUCGGCUACGUAGCCCCAGAGGUGCUCAACAAGGCUGGGCACGGCAAGGCAGUAGACAUCUGGUCAACAGGCAUCAUCACAUACGUGCUCCUGUGCGGGUACUCACCCUUCCGCUCGGACGACACAACUGAACUCGUCCGGGAGACGACCGCAGCACAUGUCGAGUUCCAUGAACGAUACUGGAGUAACGUCUCCCAAGAGGCAAAGGAUUUCGUCAAAUAUCUUCUCAACCCCGACCCAACAAAGCGGCCCACUGCCGCACAAGCGCUCAAGCACGCCUGGCUCACCUCACACAGCCCCUCAACCGAACACGACCUCUGCGGCCUGCGCGAGCAGUUCAACCCCCGUGCGCGCUGGAAAGCCGCCAUCACCGGCACAAUCGCCCUCAACCGCUUCGGCACCACGAGCAGCAGUGGCGGCUGGCGCUCGCGCACCAUGCUUGCUGCGGACAGCGACGAUGACUCGAGCGACGAGUGGGCCAAUGCGUCUCUGCGGGAGAAAGCGAAGGCGAACGGGAAGGCGCCGCCGCUUUCUGGGGAGAAUGAACACGUUAAGGUCUCCCCGCCAGUUGAGCGGGCGGGUCCCGAUGCACCGUCGCCUCCGCCUGCGAGCGAAGCCCAGCCACAUGCGGACGCAAGCAGCCAGAACGCGAACGCUUCGGGCAGUGGAGCAACCCUCCCUGCGUCCAAGCCGAGCCAGGGUCACACGCUCCGACACGAGAAAGACGAGGCGGCGCGCGAGCCUCUGCACGCGAAGGUGCCCCAGGAACUGCACGAGCAGCAAGCAGCGCGGAAGCAGGCCAAGCCUUCACCUGCGCACUUGGAUGUACCGUCGGACGAGUCCACUCCGCGGCGAUCGAUCGAGAGCGAAGAGCUGCCGAUGCCAGGGUCGUUUCAUGGCUCGUGGAACCAUCACCAUCAUCACCAUAACCACCUGGAGCACCAUCCGCAGGUCGAGAGCGCGCUGGACAGCCUCUUGCGGAAGAUGCAUAUUCGAUGAUCUUGCGAGCAGGAAUAUACGUAUAUAUACUUUAACUUAUUUACACUCAUGUAUGACGAAUGACUGAUGUGACGAGGACGUGUAUCAGCUGCUUUUUGCGCAGUAACGGUCGAUGUCGAUGAUCCCUCGUCCUUAACGUUUGUGACGAUCUUUAUGUCCUGCCUACUCUAGUGUACAACAUAGCUCCGCCUCUAAUCAUCCAUGCUAGAUGGCACACGAGUAAUGCGAGGACGUUAUGCUGUCUGCCACAUAAAUUCUCGA